CUUGAUGUUUCCUUAGCUGCCAAUGGACGACAUAUAUGGUAGAGAGUUGUCUUUCAGCAAAGAAUCCUUCCUCACAGAGACUGGCCAUCGUGUUUGCCGGAUAAAAGUGUCCAGAAACAACAAUGGUGGAACUUCUAGCCUGUGGGCGGGGUUUGUACUUAUAGCUGGUUUGCUGUGCAUCUGUAGAAUGUCUUGUUUUGUGGUGAACACUUCACAAUAUAUUACUGUUCCCAUUAGUGUUGAGUUAUCAGCAUAUCUGAUAAUAGUAGGACUGAUACUGUUAUCCAAUAAUACUGGCUCACCUCCUAAAGAUACUCUUCUAGUCAUGGAAAGGAUUGGUAUUCAAAUAACUCAUGAGUCAGGAUGGCUUUGGUCAAGACCAAGUUCUCUCUUUCUUUCCCUUCGUUCAAUACACAAUGUCAUAAUGGUGGAAACAUUCUUCAGGCACAAGGUUAUCUUCUACCUGGCAAUAUUGAUAAAACCCGAUGAUCAUUGUGAGCUCAAAAAUACAAAAAUGAUACCCAUUUUUACAGAUUUAUUGCCUAGACACAGAUUACUUGUUGAUGUGUAUCAGGAGAUAAUGUCAUUAUUAGAUUUUGGUGAGUAAAUUAAGCUUCUCUCCAAAACUGUCAAUAAAAUAAUAUCAUCAUCAUCAAUCUCUUUGCAAUCAUUUUAAAAAAUAACAAAUUAUUAAAAA